AUGACAUCGCCGGCGGUCCUCACGGCGAAGUUUGCAAAUGAUAAGGCACCAACCACAGCCAAGUGCCAAUCGGUAGGCGUGCCUUGGAUGUUUUUGCCUCCAACCAACACAGCUGCAGAGCUGUCUGGGGUGUUCAGCUCGGCUCGGGCGGCUCUGGGAUCCAUUCUGAUCACCGGGUGCGACACCUUCUGCGGGUACUCGAUCGCGCUGGAGAUGCUUCGCCACAAGGGCAAGACCUUCAGCGAUGUGUACGUGACGUGCUACAAGGAAACGCAGCUGGUUCAAGUGCUGAAGAAUAAGGGCGCUGCAACUAUUGUCGUCGUGGUGCCGCCCGUCACCGACGAGCAGUUCAUGAAUGGAGGCACUGAGGUCAUGGUGGAUAUGGCCGGUGAGGCCGAUGUCUCGGGCAUGAUCGUGUGCACCAAGCUGGACAUGGAGAAGCUCCAGGAGCUUCCGUCGCUGAAGCAUCUCAAGGCGUACGAGGACGCGUAUGAGCGCACCAAGGGCAGGGUCAAGUAUGCCUCGCUGGUGCGCUUGCCUGUGCACAUGGGCCUGCUGUGGCUGAUUCGCCAGCAGAUCGCCAUGGAGAACAAGAUCAGGCUGCCUGUCAACCCUGAUGCCAAGUUCACGGCAGUUGCCGAUGCUGAUGGCGGCCGCGCGCUAUACAACAUGAUGAUUGACGAAAAGAUCAAGCCUGGCAUGUAUGAUGUCACCGGCACUGAGCUUCUGACCUUCAACCAGGUUGCGCAAAUUGCCUGCAAGGUGUUUGGUAAGGAUGUCAAGUUCGAGAAGAACGGCAGGCAGGAGCUGACCGAGUACCUGCGUCAGCAUGGUGAUGUCAACGACAAUGAGGUUGCGUUGGUCAUCGACAUUCUGGAGGCCGUGUCGCGCGGCUGGCUGUCGGUUAAGACUGACACUCUCAAGCGCAUGCUGGGCAGGGAGCCCAUGACAUUCAACUCGUAUCUCGAGCACAAUGCCGAUGGACUUCCAGCCCAAGGCCGACUCCGACUAAGCCGGUGUGUCCCUUACCCUAUGCCUAGCUUUCAUGCCGGGAUCCUGUAG